ACUUUUAAUAACACAAAAGUUAGGUUAGCUGUUAUCAGGACGUGUAAAAAUUAUCUGGAGAGCAAUAAACAAAAACAAUGCGAAUCACUUGAACUGCAUCAGAGUUAUAAUAUGUUACGCAGCAUUUAUCUGACAAGUAUCGUUCAAAAUGUUUAGUAAAGGCGAAGACGCAAAGACGUCAUUCCUCGAACAGACCAAAGCAGCUCGAGAAGAAAGAGCACUUGAAAAAAAGAAGGAACAAUCGGCUGUAUUAUUACAAGCUCAUAUCCGGGGAUGGCUUGCAAGAAUAAAAUUCACGAAUUAUAUACUAAACGAUUUUGAUGUUAUUGUUCCUGAUGUACCCGAAGAUAAAGUAAAUUUAACGUCUUUUACUCCCAGUAUUGAGAUCUAUCAAAAGGUCAGGCUAUUUUUGUUAAUAUGGAAAAAAGAAAGAGACAAGGAGAGAUUUGCAAAACUCUGCAGGUAUAUGAUAGCAUCACUUGAUAGCAAUUCACCGAAAUACAGCUAUGUUGGAAUAGCUUUGAACAAAAACCAUGUGAUACAUUGGAUCUCACAUAUGAAUGAUAUCCUGUGGAAAUGUUGUGAUUAUUUAGAUGACUUAAAGCCAGAAUAUGCUAGUGACAUGAAAUUUGUCUUAUUAUACUUACACAUGUUGGUAUCUUUUACAAGUACAAGCACUUGGGUAAUUUUGAAAAAUAAGAACAUAGAACAAUUCAAGCCUGGCAUGAGUAAAUUUUGUGCAAAUUUUAUGGGACAGCUUUUUCAUAGAGGAUUUUAUUUAACUCUUAAGGGUCUUUUAAUUAAGGGAUUGAGUAGAUUAAGAAUUGUUUUUAAGGCAGCAUCCUUGUCAGCAAUUAUUACUUUAGCUUUAAGACCACUUAUUGCCGCAGACUUUUCUGACAAAUUUAUGACCAUGUUUUUAAUACAAAUAUUAUCCGUGCCUGGUAUUAUUCAACAUUUACAAACAGUGACACCAGACAGUAUUACAGUUUUAGUAACAAAUAAAAUUUUUCUAAGAAGCAUUGAACUUUUAUCUAAUCAGCAAGCAAUGAGAAUAGUUUUUAAUACACUUGAAGGAAACUAUGCACUUUGUCUCCUUGCAAAUAUAACACAAUUAGGAUAUAUAGAAAGAGACACUACAUUGAAGGAAAUCUGUUUUCCUUCAUUUACAGUAGUUGUCACGGGUCUACUAGAGAGUUGUCAACAUUAUGUUGUUGUAAAACAGUCAAAUUUGACCCAUUGGCAUCCAGUUUUAGGAUGGUUUGCUCAACCAAUGGAUUCAGCACUUCAUGCAGCAAUUCCUCAUGUAAAAAUGCAACUUCAUCUGUUAUGGAAUUCAGAAAUAGUUAACAUUCUUUUGGGAAAAUUUUUAUCAUCUCUGGUGAAGAACUUGGAAGCACCUCAUGCUCCAGGAGGUUCUUCAGGACACAGCAAUCAUUUUUCAGGGACAAAUUUUCUGAGAAGAGCUCUCGAUUCAAGGGUUAAUAAAACAAACACUCAAAAGAGCUACAGAUCUCUCGGCAGUCCUGAAGUACACAGAGUAGUAUUGAUGUGUUCCUUAUACCAUACAGCUUUACACACUUUAACCCAGUUGAAAUUAGACAUAUUAACUGGUUUGUGCUAUAGAGAUAGGUUUCUUUAUGAUCUCUGGUUAUUUUUAUGUUCCCUUGGACCAAAUUGUGGCUUAAAGACUUUUUUAGAUCAUCUAGCUGUUAAUACCAAAUGUACUGCACCUGAGUUCCAAAUGCUACAACUUUUUUCUGAUUGUAUGACCCAUUAUGUGACAAUUUUAGAUGACAUGGAAUUGUAUGAGCAGCAAAACCCUUUCAAACUCAGCGAUUUUGUUAUCUUAUCCAAUUUUCUCAAUAUUUUCCUUUACAAAAUAGUUAUAGGAAGUUUAAUAGGUAAACAAUUUUUAUCGUUAAUCAAAUUCUUAUUGUGUGGUAUACAUAUGUGUAUGUUUGUUCCAGAUUUGAAGUCUAUUCAAAGUAAUCAACUUUUCCAGUCCCUUCACACAUUACUAAUUGUGCUGUACAAAAGGGAUUGUAGAAGAAGAUACACACCUCUUGGACAUUGGCUAAUUAAGGAAAUCAAAGUCUCUUCAUUCAUGGUUGAUUUAGAAAAAGGACGGAGAGCACAGCAAAUCUUACUGCAGACGAUGCCUCAUAUUAUACCACAUGAAGAUAGAGUUAGACUAUUCCGAAAAUACAUUAUUAAUGAGAAAACGGUUUUAGGGCUGACAGAAUCUGCAUGUGCUUCUCCUCAGUCAACACUUAUUACCGUCCACAGAUCUCGAAUAGUUGAGGACGGUUACCGCCAACUGGCUCUUAUCCUUCCUCAAAAUCUUAAAGGUGUUAUUCGUGUACGUUUUAUUAACGAACAAGGUUUAGACGAGGCUGGUAUUGACCAAGAUGGAGUAUUUAAAGAAUUCCUUGAAGAAAGCAUUAAAAAGGUCUUUGACCCAGGACUAAAUCUUUUUAAAAUAACCAGUGAAGAGCGUUUAUAUCCCUCUCCCACGUCCUAUUUACAAGAAAAUCACUUGCAACUGUUUGAAUUUGUUGGUAGGAUGUUAGGAAAGGCUGUGUACGAAGGGAUCGUGGUCGACGUGCCCUUUGCGUCUUUUUUUUUAAGUCAAGUUCUGGGCCAAACUGCGCAGGCUUUGUACAGUUGUGUGGAUGAACUACCAUCUCUAGAUGCCGAUCUUUAUAGGAGCUUAAACUAUAUUAAACACUAUGAAGGAGAUGUGUCCGAGUUGGACCUUUCCUUUACUGCAGAUGAAGAUUGUUUGGGAAAACUAGUCACCCACGAACUGAUACCUGGAGGAAAAGCCGUAUCAGUUACCAACGACAAUAAAAUAAAUUACAUUCAUCUAAUGGCUCACUUUCGAAUGCAUGUUCAAAUUAAAGACCAGACAGCGGCUUUUAUAAGAGGUUUCAGGUCCAUUAUAAGUCCUGAAUGGUUAUCGUUAUUUUCAACCCCAGAGCUUCAACGUUUAAUUUCGGGCGAUAAUGUUCCACUAGAUUUAAAAGAUUUAAGAAAACACACACAAUAUUACGGGGGUUUCCAUGACUCUCACAGGGUCGUUAAUUGGCUCUGGGAUAUACUUGAUAAAGACUUUUCAGAUGAAGAGAAGGGAAUGUUCCUUAAGUUUGUAACAAGUUGCUCGAAGCCCCCUUUGUUAGGUUUUGCCCAUCUGGAACCGCCCUUUUCCAUUAGAUGUGUUGAAGUUGGAGAUGAUGAGGAUACGGGAGACACAAUUGGCAGUGUUAUUCGUGGGUUUUUCACUAUAAGAAAGAAAGACCCGCAAAAUCGUUUGCCAACAUCUUCCACGUGCUUUAAUCUUCUCAAAUUGCCAAAUUACCAAAAGAAAAGUACACUUCGUGAAAAGUUAAGAUAUGCAGUCUCGUGCAAUACAGGAUUUGAAUUGUCUUGAUUCUCCUUUUUCUGUAUUAUUGCCGAUUAUUGUAUGUACUUUAAUGAAUGUGAUAUAUUAAUUAAUUUUAUUAUUAUUACAACGUUAAUUUAUCUUUAUGACCAUGCAUGCAUAUUGAUCAGUUUUCAUGUUUUGUUUAGUAGUACAAAUUAAAAGUUUGCAUAAACUGGUAAGUUUCUAAAACUAGCAUAUCACUUUUAUAUUAUUAUACAUUUAUAUAAAUAAACAAAACUUGUAAGGAUUUACAUGUGUACAUGGGUACUAAUGAAA